CCACUAGCCAUGUUUAUGUCCGAUUGUGGUCCGAUUUCGUGCGCGUCGGACUAGACGGACGAAGUUGCAGGUGGAAGUAGUGUUUGCGAAGAUAUUUACUCGUGUUACUAUAAAAUCGGGCCGCAAUGUCGGGCACGAUGAGUGCCUCUCAGGCGUCAAACCUCAUUCAAUCAACAGCAGGUGCCAUCCCGGUCCUCAAUGAAAAGGGCGAGGUUUCCAUGCAAAAAGUGAAAGUGCACAGAUACAUAUCCGGAAGAAGACCUAAAUAUGCUCCUAAAGAAAGCAGCGAUGAAGAAAGUGGAGAUGAGUUCACGUUCGAGCGGCGCCAGCAACCAGUUAUUCCAGAACCCAUCCCCAUCGACGAGGAAGCCGAGAAGAAUGACCCACGUCUGCGCCGUCUCCAGCGAAGGGACCAGCAGCUUAACGAAGAAGAACGAAUGGAGAGACACAGGAUGAUCCAUGAGCCUGAGGUCAUAUCCGUUGGUGCUGAUGGAGAAGAACCGAUGGACGAGAGCGAGAUGCGGGCUGCUCGGUGGAGAGAUGGAGAAGAAGACAGCGAUGCUGAAGAGCUUGAUGAUGAGGAAAUUGAGCGCCGACGUCUGAUGCUGAGACAGCGGGCAUUGGCAAGAGCGCAAGAAGAGGAGCUGCUUGACUUGGAGGAAGAGGGUCGCUCGGAUGAAGAGGAGUCCGAAGAAUCUGAAUAUGAAGAGUACACCGAGUCUGAAGAAGAGGACACAGGACCACGUCUGAAGCCUGUAUUUGUGCGAAAGCGUGACAGGGUCACAAUUCAGGAGCGCGAGCGACUGGCCCAAAAGGAGAAGGAACUCGAGCAUGAGGCAAAGCGCAUUGCCGAGGAAAGGCGACGCACCACUCUGAAGAUCGUGGAAGAAGAGACCAAGAAGGAGCUGAUGGAGGAGAAGCGUGUUGAUGACUCCGAAGACUGGGUCAACACGGAUGACGAAAAUGACGAGGCAGCAUACGAAGCCUGGAAACUACGCGAGCUGAAACGCAUCAAGCGUGACAAGGAAGAAAAGGAGCAAUACGAGAAGGAGCGCAUGGAGAUUGAGCGCAUGCACAACAUGACUGAAGAGGAGCGACGUGCCGAGCUCCGGGCCAACCCUCGCCAGGUCACCAACAAGGCGUCCAAGGGCAAAUACAAAUUCCUGCAGAAGUACUUUCACAGAGGUGCUUUCUUCCUGAACGAGGAGGACACUGUCUACAAGCGGGACUUUUCUGCGCCCACCCUCGAAGAUCACUUUGACAAGACUGUCCUGCCUAAGGUUAUGCAGGUAAAGAACUUUGGUCGGUCGGGUCGAACCAAAUACACACAUUUGGUGGACCAGGACACAACUCUGUUCGACUCACCGUGGAUGUCGGAAACAGCGCAAAAUCUCAAGUUCCACGCCAACCAGGCUGGAGGAAUGAAGCAGCUUUUCGAAAAGCCAAGCACCAAGAAGCGCAAGACAACGGCCUCUUGAAUCAUGAAAAUGGCUAGCCUAGCGUGGCCAGUACCUGUAUAUAGUCACUGUAUUAUCACGUCGUUGUAAUCGAGUCACCAUACUUGUACACAGAGAAUGGUUUGCGUCUUGAUUAAAAACUGGCACUGUA